CUCGUCUAUGAAGUGAGUGUAGAAACAGAGAUACUGAUAGAUAUUAAGAUAAAUAGAUAAAUAUAGAUAUGGGUAUAAAUAUAAAAGGACAACAGUGGCAGGGAGCAGUGAGGUGUGAUUAAUGUGUUUGUUCACAGUUAACCUGGUUACUGACAACUAGCCGUCUGAAAGGAGUUAAACGCAUUUUUAAGACCAGUGAGCGCUUUAACCGCAGAGCUUGGAACCGUGAUGAUGAAGUUCAAAGCAGAGACCCGGCUUUAGCCUACAUGUGGCGAUGAGCUGGAAUGUCUGGAGCGCUUUGGUGACAUCGGAGUCUGUCUGUCAGACUCAGACUAUCUCUGCCUAAAGGACGACGAAAUCUUGUCCGACUCCAUCUCUUGCAUCUCUUUCCUGUCAGACACCAAAUGUAAGCUCAGAUUCGCUACUUGAGCUUCGCAGGCUGAGAAAAGCUGUGUGGGAUUAUCAAUGACACGUCACCAGGUGAGUGAUCUGCCCCCAAACCCGACAGAAGAUGGUCCUGAGGAGCACGAUGAAAGGAAAUACGUCGAUUUGGACUCAGUGGACGUGAAAACAGACCCAGGCUUUAGUGAGAGAAACCAAAUGUCUGUCAUUGUUUCCCACAGCGGAGCUGGAGCUCCGUGCGCAACGGGACUCAAACCCGAGGUCGAUACUAAGACGACAGAGAAUGCCACAGCUGGGAAAUACGGAGAUGGUGUUAAGCACCAUCACGCUGACGCGUCACCGCCAUCGAUUCCUUUUUGUUCAAAUGCAAAGUCGGAGCGUUUCCACGAGCAGCACGAGGUGUCCAAAACGGAAAGCAGCGCAAGCCUGCAGCCAGACGUGGAUUUGCGCACUAGUGAUAAUUAUCUCGGGGAGACAAGUGAGCUGGAUGAUUAUGAAGUGGACGAUGGUAUAAGUUUGGUGCUUUCUGAUGACUGCAUUCCGUGCGCCACGGAGGAUGAAUCCCAUUAUAUUACCACGCACGAGAUCCAGCUCUCGGAACUUUCUGACCACGAGGAGGACUACGAACUCGGAGUGGGCUCUUCCACGAGCUGGGACGUUGAAGAAGACAACCGGGUUUACUCAUUUGCCGAUUACGCUUCUUUUGAGGCCGGGGGCGCAGUGGGCGAGAGGGGGCACGGCCGCCAGCCUGGCUCUCAGGGCGCAGCAGCAACAGUCAGCACUCUGCUGGAAAGUGAUCCGUGCGAAGCGGCCAAAUUCACCAGCUCAGAUGAGAGUGUGUCAAAGCCCGAGCAGCAGCACUGCAGUGGCAACAGUGGCGGACAGAUUCACCUGUCAAUCAGAACCACCUCUCGAGCUAUAAAUGACCCUAGCAACAUCCAAGAACAGGAAAAGAUUCUUUAUCGUGCCAGGCGCUCCGGAGAUGUGAGUCGCUAUGUGUUUAGGGGGGUUGAUGGGAAGGCAGAGACGGUGUGUGACACGGCAAAGUGUUUGGUAGCAGCGCCCGGGCGCGUACACUUUGGCGGCAAAUUAAGGGGGAAAGAAGUCCCCGAAUAUUCCAGCGGCACGUCCAGUGCUGUCAGCGAGCUGGACGACGCUGACAAGGAGGUGCGCACUCUGACAGCCAGAGCCUUUAAGAGCCUGGCGUAUCCUUACUUUGAUGCCAUUCAUUUCAGCACCUCCAGUGAGUCCUCUGCAUCAGAGCAUGCCGUGGGGAUAAACAGGUGGUCCACGUUUGUGGACCUGAAAUAUGGUAACAUGAAUAUGGACCAAAGUCUUGUUUCUCAUCAAAGCUCAGCGGCCUCGUUUCAAAUAGCCAAAAGCAUAGACAAUAGGGGUUAUAAGGGCAUCAUCAAAGCGCCCGCCAGCGAGAUAUUACCUCCCCACGGCGCAUCGUCAUCUACAAAGAAAAUAGAGCUGAUGGGGAAAUUUGGUCAGGGCCACAGUGGCGUCAUAAGGCUGACAGAGACUCUGAAUUUUCGUUGCAACGUCAAAUCGGGAAUUCCUGCGGGAGAAUCACGCACUAACUUUGCACAAAACGCAGCAGGAUCACGUUCCAGAGAUGAAGUUACCAACGCAAGCCAGAGCAGGGGGGGCAGCAAGCCGCCCUCUAAAACCAUGGAAGACACGCACAAGAAGGCCGUGUUUGCUUCGAGUCUCAUCAAAAAUGUCAUUUCUAAGAAAAUGCAGUUCGAGCAGGAGCGCAAGAUGGAGAGAGGCGAAAUAAGCGAGGCGCAGCAGACGCCCUCACCCUGCUUUCUGCACCAGGAAAGCGACGACGUCAGAGGGAAGCACAACUCCAAGCUUUCGGAGAGCAGCUCCGACUACACCAUAAUGUGCGUGAAUGAGUUAGGGGACAUCGCGGAUGCCAAGAGCGACUCUCGGAGGCAACAAACUGGAGUUGAUACUAAAAAAGGCGCACUGGACUCAUCCAGAAGCACGCUGCAUCGCAGCCAAAAUAGCGCGUUCAGAUGCUGGAAGGAUGACGAGCUAGAAUUUCAAAAGGAUCCUAAAAACGAUCAAACACCAGAGGACAAGCUUGCAGCUGACGACACACAGGGCGAGGGGAGUCCGUACUCGGCGGGCAGCAGCAAACUCAAGAAAAUGGCUCAUUUAUUUGUGCCAAAUAUCCAAACGCUGCCCAACGAAGGCGAAGCCACGCAGCAGCUGCAGAGCAGGAAUUAUUCUACGCGUGGACACGGACGUGGAACCAAAGUACGCUCUGUCGCAGACUCUGUGACCACAUCCAAAUCUCCAGAAAUUCAAAUUAACUUGAGGCGCGUCAAAGACGAUAAAACCGAGCCGUGCGCCGUCUCCAAACUGCGCGCUCCUAAUUUAGGCUGCAACAUCACCCGAACAGAUCACGCCAAAUCCCACGCGCUUGCUACAGCUUUGAAGGGUGAGUUUUCAGAUAAAGUUCCACAUUUCAUGGUUCGAGACAUUCGAGAUAAUAAGGGGAAGCUGCAGACUCCCAUUUACCAAGUGAGAGACGUGCGUAAGCUGGUUAAAAGUUCGUAUCACUUUGUUUCUUUGGAUAACAACGAGAAUAAAUCCCACAGCGCCUCCGCUGACAGACAUCCAGAGCAAAACAAGCAAGUGCCCAAUCAAAGUUUUAAUACUGUGUCGCCUAUAGUGAUCAAGUGCCAGUCUGUGAAUACUAGCAGUAACGGAAAACAAUGUGGAAACCUUCAAGGAGCUAAACGGGAACCACUUGACGUGGACAGAUCGUCUCCAGAGGGCGUCAAAACCGCUUCAACGCAAAGAGCAACAGGGAGCGCAUCUUCAGGCACCUCAAAUAAUGUCUCGCAGGGAAACACCGACUUAAGAAGUGAAAGCAGAAUAUCUACAAAGAGGCAAGAGAAAGUAUCAGAUAUCAUAGAUAAAAAGCCCGAGUCAAAGGUGCCAAACCAGGUGGCUCUGCAAAAACUGCAGGCUGCCGUGAAAACCAUGGAGCAGCUCUAUGUGUUUCAAAAGAAUGAGUGGAAGAGGAAGAACGAGCCUCGGCCGCUGACAGACAGCCACGUGCUUUCACUGAUAGCAAGUGAGGAGCAUCCAGGACACAAAGAGGAGACUGCAUGGACGUCCAGCGCAGACAAGUCUACCAGAAGAAGCUCCCAGUCCAACACAGACAAGCCCCCACCAGGACGAGCAGGUGACAGCCUGCUGAAGCAGGAGGAGAAAGACCCACUCAAACCACGCCCCACGUCUGUGGGCUGUGAUGAUAGGCCUAAGUCAGUGCAAGCCCCUAGCAGUGUCACGGUCUCCAAAACUUCAAAGACACCCCAACCGAACACAGUCACACAAACACCUUUCAGCACCAAAACCUUUGUCCCCAAGUCCCCCAAACUGCCCGCAUCAUUCAGCAUCUGUGAGAGGAGGUCAGCUGGGAACGAAGACGCCGAAGUGAAGGAGGCCGACAGAUUUGCACACGAGUUUUCAACUGACAAUGAGAACUACCUCGCUAUUCCAGUCAAGUCUCAGCCUAGCAAAAGCAAACAGCCCCCAUCUGCUGAUAAAGCAUCCAUCUAUACCUUCUCCACCCAGUCACAUCCACCCACACCUCCAGUACACCUGGAACCUGGGCUCAGAGGGCAGGAGGAGCAUAAACACACAGCUAAGUACUCACCAGAGAUCCCCUCAGCUAUCUACCAUUCUUUGCCCCUCGGGAUGCCAGCCAAUCAGCCACAGGUCUACUGCUUCUCUCCAGCAAUCACCCCAGCUCCCACCCUGGACCCGUUCCAGGCCACCCAGAGGAAAAUGCUGCUGGAUCCUAGCACUGGAAACUACUACCUGGUAGACACACCUGUGCAGCCUGCCACCAAGCGUCUCUUUGAUCCAGAAACAGGUCAAUAUGUGGAUGUGCCUAUGCCACAGCCUCCCAUGACACCUGUACCCAUGUCCAUCUCACCUUUAGCUCUCAGUUCUGGCAUUUAUGGCCACACGUACAUGAUCUACCCGGGUCUCAUGCCGACGCCGUCAGUGAUCCCUGCCAGGGCGCUGCUACAGUCACAGAUGUCGGUGCAGGCAGAGGUGGACAGCAGCGAUAAAAGCUCCUCGCAGCAGACUGAGGGCAUGCACGUCGAGAGUCCUUUCUACAUGUCCACUGGAACGUCUUCCCAGGUAGCCUCAGGUGUUCAACAGCAGGCUGCUGCUAACAGGCCACAGCAGGGUCUUUCUAGCAUCAAGCAGCCAGUCAUCAGCAUCACCUCCCAGCAGGGGCCCCGGAUCAUCGCCCCCCCCUCAUUUGACGGGACGACUAUGAGCUUCAUGGUGGAGCACCGAUGAACAGCAGGUCGUCUGGACAGGGCUGAGCUGUAAGCUGGACGCUGUGGAAACAAUCACACAGGAGCUGAACGAGCCUGAUGUGUGUGAUGUGCGCCGCACUGUGUGAUAACCAAACUGUGAGAGUGUGAAAUAGAUGAAUAGUUACUUUUGUCCAGCUGUUACACUUUCUGUACUUUUUAGAUGUGCGUGACAUGAAGUUAGAAGACAUCAUAUUCAAACUGAGGUUGUUUCUGUUUGCACAUUGGAGUUUGUGCAGUGGGUCUGCUGGACAGUCCGUCUGUUGGAAACAUGUCACAUGACACAGGUUACAGAGCUGGAACGCUUUUCUGAGGUUUUUACUGCUGAAUGUUUUAUUGUGAAGUGUUUGAAAGCGCGAUCCCUGUUUAGUGUUAGUAUCCUGGUACAGGCUUCCAUCAAACACACGUUUCUACCCAAGCUAAUAUGAUAUUUUAUAUUUUUGUACCUGACUGUAAGCUUCACUGCUGCACUGCUAUCAGAAAUCAUUUUCCUCCCGUGCCUUACAAACAGCUCGCCUGCUGAAACUGUAUCUGUGUAUUUGUGAAGGAUAAACCACCUGUGAGUUUAUUCAGGUCUUAAUAGUGAACACUGCUGUUUCUUAAAGCUCCACAGUCCCAGUAAUACAGUGUUGUUCUCUUCUUCUGGGGAUUUGAUCAUAUUUUGUUCAUGUCAUGUUUCUGAUUGUGCAUGAUUUUUCUUUCUUUCUUUUUUUUAAACUUUUGCAUAAAGUAGGAAAUGUUUUCUAUAAGUGUAGAUGCAUUUUUGCACAGCAGGGCCUCUGAUGCUUCAGAGCAGUGUCUCUGCUGCGCGUACAGUAAGUGUUGAAGGAAGAUGAAGGUGGUGGACAGACAGGAGCGUGGGAAUAAAGAGGACUCGUGGAUGAAAUGAUAAUGAAAUGAUAAACAUGCAGUGUCAAAAACAACCAUGAUGACUUUGAGCUGUUUGCACAGCUACAGUGUCAGGUUCACAUUUACUGUGAAAACCGAAUAAACAGGAAAACUCUGUAA